AUGAGUCUAAUGCGUGCUUAUGUGAGAGUUAAAUAUGGAAUCUAUUUGAAUACUUCUAGUGAUGAAGAAGACAAAGCUUUGCUAAUGUUGACACAACUUUGUUUGGAUGAGCGGUUGCGUAUUAUUCGACAACUGGUACCUAGGGAGGUACAGACACGCAGUGUAAUAACUCGUGAUCGAGUGUGGCAUGAUGCGAAAAUGAUGAAUGAUUAUUUUACACCUGAAACUGGUUAUACCUCAAGACAAUUCAAACAACGUCUAGGCAUGAGGGUAGAAUUAUUCGAGAAAUUGUUAGAAAACUUGCUUGAAGUGGACCCAGAAUGGAAACAACGUCCGGAUGCCACCAGUACUAUGGGGUAUAUGAAAUUUGUUGCAGUGAUGAAAUGUUUAUGCAAAAGUACGGCAUAUGAUAGUGUUUAUGAUUACACUCGUAUGGGUGCCACUAUAAUAUACCAUUAUCUAAAAAGAUUUUGCCACACCAUUUGCAUGACUUUUGGAGAAAGAUAUUUGCGUGAACCCACUCCUGAAGAUGUUCAGAGGUUUCUAGAUGAGAAUGCGGAACGAGGUUUUCCUAGAAUGCUUGGUAGUGUUGAUUGUAUGCAAUGGCCAUGGAAGAAUUGUCUGAUAGCUUGGCAAGAAACUUACCGGGUAAAGAGAAACAUAGUAGUAUGGUAUUAG